GGGGGGUUGUGUAAUGUACCUUUUCCAAUCCCGGGCUGUAUAUGGAGAUUUGGGAUUCUUUAAACCGGCGCUACCUGGAUUUUAUUAAAAAGCGGGGACCUUCGGAGGAGGAAAACUGGAUUUUCCAGGAAAGCAGAGCGAGCCGGGAUCGGGCGCCUGUUCGCUCCGGGGUGGAGGAGUUGGUGAGCCGAACGGACGGACUAAAGGACGUUUUGAUACCAAAAAAAGGAAAGGCGGGCAAAAAGUCUGAGUUGGAUCUAAUUCCUGAGAGGGAGGUAACUACGAGGGCAAAGCGACAGGAUGGCGAAGAAGCGAGAUUGUUAGAAGGGAAGCGGACGGUCCGCUCCACCAGGCAGAGGAGAUGCCCUCCGCGGACGCUCCGCCGGCCGAAGACCAUGAGACUCUCCCGCGGCUUGGGCUUUAAACCCCUCUGAUCCGGGGGUGGGCGGAGAGACCCCCGCGGCAGCCGGGAAGCUGGCUCUCGGAUGAUGGAUGGCCGAGACUUUGGCCCUCCUCGGUCUGUCCAUAUCCCCCCUCCGCUGCUGUCCGGCCUGGCCGGCAUGGACGGCCACCGGGCCGGAGCCGCCACGGCCGCCGGCCGCCUGCCGCCCUCCUCCGGCCCCCUGGCCGCGGGGCUGCCCGCCCCCCUGCCCCCAACCAAGUACCUGUCCGCCGGGAUCAAUCUGCAUUCGCACCCGGGUGAGGCCUUCCUGGGUGGGUUUGUGGCCAGCGGACUAGGGACCUCCUCCACGCCCCAUGGAAGCCCCGCCCCUUUACCCUCUGACCUUUCCUUCAGGUCACCCACCCCCACCAACCUACAGAUGGUGCAGCUCUGGGCCGCUCACUCCCAUGAAGGCUUUUCCCAUCUGCCUAAUGGUCUGUACCCUUCGUACAUUCCCCUGAGCCACCUGGAGCCCCCCAGCAGCGGCAGCCCCCUCCUAGCCCAGCUGGGUCAGCACAGCCUCUUUGACUCUCAGAAAGAUGGGUUUUACUUGCCGGGCCAUGCGGGCCAGCCAGCCAUGCAUCCCCAGAGCAGCGUCGCCCGGACCCCGGCCAGCCACCCCACUGGCUCCCUCCUCCGCGAGAAGGACCUCGGUCACCUACACAAAGGCUCGCGAGAGGGUCCGAAGGAGUCCAACAAGGAGCGGGGGUGCCGGAGCGACCUGUCCCUGUCCUUCGGCAAGAAAGAGAGUAGGGCCAAGGAGGAGCCCCGCCCCCGCAGCGUGGUGGACCUCACCCAGGACACUAAGCCCGAGGGCGACCGGAAGCUAAGUGGGCUGGAGCGGGCGGCCAAGAUGGGGGAGAGGCUCUCCCCGUACUUGGCCGAGCACGGGCCGCACCGGAGCGGGGGCAGCGGAGAGCCCAAAUCCAAGAACCCCCUGCAGACCUCUUCCCUGAGUAACUGUAAUGGCGGCGGGGACCCCCUGCUAAAGGUCCUGGGCAUGGAACAAGACCGCUGCACCAAGGACCCCAACCGCCAUGACGAGAACGUGAGGCCUUCAGCCCACACCCACCUGGACCGGCUGAAACGGGGGGAUGCCAGCCUGCCCUCCGCCAUUGGCACUUUGCACGUUUCCUGCACCUGCCCCCCACCCCACCCUUCUUCCCAAGCGGGAAAAAUGACUCCCGCCUCCUCCUCCUCUUCUUCUUCCUCCUCCUCCUCCUCCUCUUGCUCCUCUUCCUGCUCCUCUACAUUCCCCCCGCAGCCCAUCCAUUCCAACCUGUAUACCAUCUUCCCGCCGGGCAAAGACCUAGGCCGGGAGCACAGAGUUAUCGCGCCCACCUUCGUGCCUUCAGUGGAGGCCUAUGACGAGAGGACCGGGCCCAUCCAGAUCGCCUCGCAGGCCCGGGACGCCAGGGCCAAGGACAGGGAAGUGGGCAGGGUCGGGGUGCUGCAGUCUCCCCCAGAGAGGUGCCUGGCCGACCUCACACGCCCCCUCCGGUCCCAGGAGUUCCCCUGCCCCGGCGAGGCCAAGCGCCUGGACGUGCUGAGGGAGAAGGGCUCCGUGAUCCGCUCCAACUCCCUGGUGCUGAAGCGUCAUGUGACCUCGGAGCCCUUCCUCAGCCGGCCGGGGCCGGGGCCGGGGCCGGGCUCCCCGGACAGCAGGGAGUACCUCCCGCCCAAGGAUGCGCUGAAGCCCGAGGCGGAGCCCCGAGCCUGCGAGCGCGGGGAGCGCUUCCCCAGGCCGGCGGCCAAAGAGGCGGCCAAGGUGUACGGGGCUGGCCUGGACGGCUCGCGGCAGCAUCCGGACCUGGGCCAGCUCAAGCUCCCUGAGCAGAAGUGGAAGCCCUUUGAGAUGGGCCACUUCGCCACCACCCAGAUGGCAGUGCUGGCCGCCCAGCACAACCAGGCCACCCGGGCAGAGGAGGAGGCGGCUAAGAAGGCGGCCUACCUGGACCCCAGCGGGCUGCCCCGGGCAUCGGUGGUGGGGGGCCGGGGCGGCGGGGACUUGCACCCCUCCGCCCAUAGCGAGGGGUCUGCCAUGCAGAGCCUUAUCAAGUACAGCGGCAGCUUUGCCAAAGAGGCCGCUUCCCGCCCUAGCAGUGGCAAGAAGAGCCCCUUUGGUGGGCUAGGCAACAUGAAGCUGGAUCCCUCCCACCUGGGCACCUCCAAGAUCCAGCAGCUGCUCUCCCACCAGGGUGGGAAGCAGCUCAAAAGGGACCCAGAGAGGCCAGAGAGCGCCAAGUCCUUCGGGCGGGAGAGCAUUGGGUCGCAGGGCGAGGUGGAGGUGAGGCACCCGCCUGUGGGCAUCGCCGUGGCAGUGGCCCGGCAGAAGGACAACAGUGGGAAUAAGAUGGCACCCAGCCUGGCAGACCAGGACCGUUCCCUGUCCCUGAGCAGCAUCAAAGGACACUGUGGUCGCUCAGAUGAGGACUGUGCAGAAGACCACAGCCGCCACAGAGAAGAACGCCUCCUGGGCGGACGCUUGGAACGGGACCAGGAGAAGCUGCUCAGAGAAAGCAAAGAACUGGCCGACCUGGCCCGGAUCCACCCUGCUGGCUGUGCCACGAAUGGUCUCAACCCCAACCUCAUGGUGACCGGUGGCCCCUCCCUGACCAGCUCAGGGCGCUGGUCUGCUGACCCAGCCUCACACCUGGCCACCCACCCUUGGCUCCCCAGGACCGGUAGCCCUUCGAUGUGGUUAGCUGGCCAUCCCUACGGCUUGGGCCACCCCUCCUUACACCAAGGAAUGACACCGGGUUUCGCCCCUGGCAUGGGGAGUUCGCUUCCUUCAGCCUACCAAUUUGCCAGAGACCCUCAGUCCGGGCAGCUGGUUGUGAUCCCUAGUGAACACUUGCCCCACUUUGCGGAGUUGAUGGAGCGGGCUCCCCCGCUCUGGCCCGCGAUGUAUCCCCCGACUCGCAGCUCCCUCCAGCACGCUCACCAGCUCCAGCUGUUGUCUCACCAGCAGUUGCUUCGGCAACAUGAGUUGUACAUCUUGCAGCAGCAAGCGGCGCACGCCAUGGAGCUGCAGAGGAGCGCGCAGCUGGUGGAAAGGUUAAAAGUCAAUGAACAGCGGGCUGAGAUGGAAGAGAAGGUCUCCAAACGCAGCCUGGAGGGCAGCAAACAGGGUCUCUCCUCCUCUGCAUCAGGCCUGCUCCAUCGCAAACCCCCGAUCCUUUCCCCCAGUGCCUCUGCAUCUUACAGCAAGGCCUUGAGUCCCCCUCCUUUAUCCCCCCGGGCCUCGCCCGUGACGGUGCUCAAAACCAAGGUGAUCCAGAAGACGGAAGGGGCACCAAAGCCACCAGCUUACUCUUAUCCUGCCACCCCUAGCUCACAUCCUUCUAGCCCUCCGCCUGCCUCUCCACCCCCGGCCCCUGCCAUCCCCCCCAAAGAAGAGCUUCCUGAGAAUGUGGAGAAGAAAGAUUUGGAAUUGGAAAAAGAGGCCUCCAGCCCAUUCCAAGCCUUGUAUCCAGAGAUUCCGCCAAGAUAUCCAUUCCAGUCCCUUCCUGCCUCUUUUGGGAGACAUUAUCCGUACCUACUCCAGCCCACAGCAGCUUCCGAUGCAGAUGGCUUGGCCCCCGACGUCCCGCUGCCCGCAGAGGAACCCAAUCACAUGGCACUCACUCCAGAAGUCAAGCCCAUACACCUGCCCCCAUCCAAAAUAGUGGAGCCUCUCCAGUCCUCCCAGGAUGAAGAGGAGCCCUUGGAGGAGAGGGUGAAGGCCGAGGUGGAAGAGAUGGAAGAGACUCGGGAGGAAACGUCUGAGCCAAACCUAGAGCCUCUGACGCUUCCUGCUCCUGCCUCUGGGUCGGCCCAGAGCCUGGACAACUGUGACCACUUGCUGCAUCCAGGGGAAAAGCUGAGCACUGUGGAGCAGGAGCUGGAAGAGCUCCAGGAUUGUCCGGUGGAAUAUCAGGUUGGCCAAGCUGAAGGGGAAGCCCAAGCCCAAAACGAAGUGAUGACUAGGACUGAGAGCUGCUCUCUUCGCAUGGACUACAAUGACAGAGGGACACAGGAGGAAGAAGAGGAGGAGGAAGAGGAAUUGGGGGAGGCUGCCCCCAAGGAGGGACUUGAGGUUGAACCAAGUGGACCUCCCCUUGGGGUAGAGCCACAGGACAGAGAAGUGGGGAGGGAACUCUUCAGCCUGGCCUCAGAGGAGGCAGUGCAAGUGCCAACAAGUCCCCCUUAUCCAGAGGAAGUGAUACCCAGCCAGCUUCCCUCGCUCGAUAUCAAGCCCGACGACCCUCUGGCUGGCAUGAACGCCUUGGUGGCUGCCACGGAGCUGCCUCAGGCAUACUCCUUGCUGACGUCCAGCAGCGUCACACAGGCUCUGGCGAACCUGGAAGUGGCCCACAGCCUGUCCUUGGAGCAGAGCUUCCUGCAGGGGAUCACCCUGCUGAGUGAGAUUGCUGAGCUGGAACUAGAAAAGAGGAAACAGGAAGUAGAAAACCCAGAGAGUUGCCCUGUCCGACCCACCAUGGAGAGCUUGCUGGCUGCCAGCACCCACAUGCUGAUGGAGGUGCUGUCCAACCCCUUCAUGGACCCUCUGAAGACCAUCCGGCUGCCCCGUGAGCUGAACCCCAACAAGAAGUACAGCUGGAUGCAAAAAAAGGAUGAACCAAUGUACUCCAUCAAGUCGGCUAUCGAGAACAUGGAUGCAAUGGAGCUGGACUACCGGAUGAAGCUGGCUGAGCUGCAGCGGCGGUACAAGGAGAAGCAGCGGGAGCUAGUGAAGUUGCAAAGGCGACGAGACUCUGAGGAAAAACGUGAAGAGAAAAGUAGAAGCUUGGCGAGAAGAGGCCCUGGAAGGCCCCGGAAACGGAGGCAUGGAUCAAGUGCUCUGUCGCCCCCUCUGCAGAAAGGGAAGAGUGACAGCAAGAGUGGAAAGCUGAGCAAGACCUUGCUACUGUCAGAAGAUUCGGAGACUGGUGAAGGGGUGAGGAAGAGGCACAAGGGAGCUCUCCCUGAGGAGGAAGAUGAUGCAGACAGCUCCAGUGGGAGGACAAAAGGGAGAAACCUGAGCUGGGAGGAACAUGAAGCUGCCUCAGGCUUUGCGAAUGAGUUAAAGAUCAAGAAGAAGAAGAUGGCAAGUGACCAGGAGCAGCUGGCAAGUAAGCUGGACAAAGCCCUGUCUCUCACCAAGCAAGACAAGUUGAAGUCACCUUUCAAGUUUGCAGAUAGCUCUGGUGGGAAACAAAAAAUAAGUGGGAGUGUCAGCAGGUACCUGUCAUCCCAUGACACCCUCCUGAGCAAGGAAGAGAAGAAAAACCUGGCCAAGGGCUUAAGUCUAUCGCUGAAAGCCUCCAAAGAAGGUAAAAACAAAAUGGCUUCCAAAAUGAAGAAGAUGGAGGUGGGGUUAAAAGUCAAAGGUCAUCUGAAGGUGUCCCACUCACCAGCAAUAUCGGAAAUAAGCAGCUACUCCUAUAAUUCGGACUCAGAGGAAGAUGAUGAAUCCUUGAAGGAUGAGUGGCCUUCUCAGUCUCCAUCCAGCUCCAAAAUGAGACCUUCCAGUCUCUACAGUGUAGUGACCAAAAAGAGCAGCAAGUCGGCUGGAAGCCUCAAGCCAGUCAAGAGGGGCAUGCCCACCACUGGAACUCUCAAAGCUAAGCAGGCUGCAAGCAGAAAGCAGCCAUUUUGUUUGCUGCUUCGGGAGGCUGAGGCUAGAUCUUCCUUCAGUGACUCUUCGGAGGACUCGUUUGAUCAAGAUUAUAGUUCAGAAGAGGAGGAAGAAGAAGAUGAGGACGAUGAAGAGGAGGAGGAAGCUGACGACUAUGGGAUGAAUAGCCAUGAUCGGCUCUCCUCCCCAUCCUUGGAUGAAAGUGGUUUGGGGCUGUUGGCGAGGUUUGCUGCCAGUGCCAUGCCUAGCCCCAUAGUGCCUCCCCCUCUUUCCAUUGUCCAGCUGGAGGCCAAACAGAAGGCUAAGAAGAAGGAAGAGAGGCAGAGCCUGAUGGGGACAGAAUUCGAAUACACCGACUCGGAGAGCGAGAUCAAGAUCAGAAAGAAAUCGCCCUCUGGGCUGCUGCGGGGUAAGAAGGGGCUGUUGGAGCAGGGAGCCAUCCCACCUCCAGCCCCCUCCAGUUCGCUAGGUCCCAGCACUGGGGCCACAGACAAGGUCAAACCGGCCAUGGAAAAGGGGCGGAAACUGAAGAAGCUCAAGUCCCCCAAGGAGCUGAGCUUUGAAUUUGGGCUGGAGGCGAGCGAUGACGACCUGUGGAACCGGCGCCGGAGCGAAAGGAUCUUCCUCCAUGAUGCCACUGCCACGGCCAUCUUGCCACCCACCCCCACCAGCUCCACUCCCAUCUCCAAACCCAACCGCUGUGGCAAAGGUCCCCCGCUGAGUCCCAAGAAAGAAGGGGUGAAAGGGAAAGAAAGGAAAGAGCUCAGCAAGCAGAAGAAGAAGGGAAAGGAGGGACCGUGCUGCUCUUCUUCGUCCUCUUCCAUGUCUCCCCCUGCCAUCUCCAGUUUGCCCUCUGAAGCUCGAGCUCCCUUGGCAAGUUCUCUGACUUCCACCAAAAAGAGUAAAACCAAGGUGAAAGCCAAGGAUCUAAAGAAAGAGAGCCGAGGGAAAGGAGGAGCGGUGAGUAAACUGAUGGAAAGCAUGGCCGCUGAAGAGGACUUUGAACCCAACCAGGACAGCAGCUUCUCUGAAGAUGAGAAUCUCCCCCUGAGCAUGCUGGUGGAGAGGCCUGUGACUCCAGCCCCCAGGUCCUGCAUCAUUGACAAGGAUGAGUUGAAAGAUGGCCUGCGGGUCCUCAUCCCCAUGGAUGACAAGCUUCUCUAUGCCGGUCACGUGAAGACAGUGCACUCUCCUGACAUCUACCGAGUGGUGGUGGAAGGAGAGAGGGGCAACCGACCCCAUAUCUACUGUCUUGAGCAACUCCUGCAGGAAGCAAUAAUAGAUGUGAAGCCACCCUCAGUCAGGUUCUUGCCAGAAGGUACCAGAAUCGCGGCCUAUUGGAGCCAACAGUACCGUUGCCUCUACCCAGGCACCGUUGUUAGAGGGUCCCUGGAUCAAGAAGAAGAUGGGGAUCUGAUCACAGUGGAAUUUGAUGACGGGGACACCGGGAGGAUUCCCUUGUCUCAUAUUCGUCUCCUACCUCCAGAGUAUAAAAUUCAGUGCGCUGAGCCAUCCCCCGCUCUUCUGGUACCCAGUGCCAAGCGCCGCAGCCGCAAGUCCAGCAAGGAGGCUGGAGAAGGAAAAGAAUGCAGCACACUGGGGACCGAGGAGGCUGUGGCAAAGGCCAAAGGUCGUGGCCGGAAACCCAGUGUCAAAGCCAAAGUCGGAGAGGCGGUAGUCUUGGAGGAAGCAGGUCCAGGUGAUUCUUCAGUGAGUGUCUCUGGAGCUCAGGAGAAGCCCCCUAGCUUGGGCAAACAGAACUCCAAGAGUUCAAGGAAGAGUCAGCCAUCUCUAGCAGACCCUCCCUCCACUCUACCAGAGGAGAAACGGAACAAAGCCAACAAAGUCAAAAUGGCAGCCAAGCUGCACGGCCCCCCAACUCCUUUCCAGCCGCCAGUAUUCAGCGGCAACUUGAUGAGUGGCGAAGCAUAUGGCGAAGUGCCAGGGCCUCUGGGCACCUUUGGGGCCACCGACAAUCCAACCAGCAAAACCAAAGCGAAGAAGGGCAGGUCUGGGGAAGAGCCUGGGUUCAGCCUGGCACCCAAGGGGCAAAGGAAACCAUCAGACAGCGAGGUCCUUAUCAAGUUAGACCAUGAAGGGGUGACGUCGCCUAAAAGCAAGAAAACCAAGGAGGCCAUGAUGCUGAUGGAGGACUCUGGUCUGGGGAGCCGGAGGGAGAGCAAAACCCUCCUGGGACUCGGCUAUCCCUCAGUUACGGGAGGUCAAGUCAAAUCUAAAUCCUCCAGGGCCAAGGCCACGAAUGCAGAAUCAUUGGCAGCUAAUUUUGGAGGCAAAUUUGGAAACUCCGGGGACUCUCUGGCACCCGAGAAGGAACAGGGAGACAAAGCGGUGACGGAGGCGGCGGAUGAAUCUGAGAGCAACAGUAGUGGCGGCAGCAGCUCAGAGACGGAAGGGGAGGAGGGAGAGGAGGAAGGGGAGGGAGAGGAAGAGGGGGGAGGAGGGAAGAAUGGCGGUGACCACCAGGAAGACAGCAGUUCUUCCAGCUCCCGGGCGUCCACCCCGCUCUCCUCGUCCAACUCUUCCUCCUCUUCCAGCAGCAGCUCGUCCUCCUCGUCCUCCUCCUCCUCCUCUUCUUCUUCCUCCUCCUCUUCUUCAUCCUCCUCCUCUUCCUCGUCCUCCUCUGCCUCCUCCACCUCUUCCUCCUCCAGCUCCAGCUCCUCAUCCUCGUCUACAACAGAUGAAGAUUCCUCGUGUAGCUCGGAUGAUGAGGCAGCCGAGGCCAAGCCCAGCUCUUCUACGCCACCGGCUCUCCCUGCAAAGCAGGCCAAGCCUCCAGGAAAAUCCUCCCGCGCCUCCUCUCACCCUCCCAGCCAGAAACAGAAGCAGCAGCAGCAGCAGCCACCCCCCUCCCAGCAGAAGCCACCCCCCGGGGGCAACAAGAGCCGACCCAAAAAACGGGAGGGAAUCCACUUGCCCACCACCAAGGAGCUGGCCAAGAGGCAGAGACUCCCAUCUGUGGAGAACCGACCCAAAAUUGCCGCCUUCCUCCCUGCCCGGCAGCUGUGGAAAUGGUUUGGCAAACCCACACAGAGGCGAGGCAUGAAGGGGAAGGCCAGGAAGCUCUUCUACAAGGCGAUCGUGCGUGGCAAGGAGAUCAUCCGCAUCGGAGACUGUGCUGUCUUCCUCUCCGCUGGCCGGCCCAACCUGCCGUACAUCGGACGCAUCCAGAGCAUGUGGGAGUCUUGGGGGAAUAACAUGGUGGUCAGGGUGAAAUGGUUCUACCAUCCAGAAGAAACCAAUCCUGGCAAGAAACUCAACGAAAGCAAGCGCUGGGAUCAGAAAUCGGGCAAAAGCCUUCCCGCAGCUCUCCAGGGAUCCAACCAGAGGAAGGACUUCAUGGAGAGGGCGCUGUACCAGUCCUCACAUGUGGAUGAAAACGACGUCCAGACCGUCUCCCACAAGUGUCUGGUGGUGGGCCUCGACCAGUAUGAGCAAAUGCUGAAGACCAAGAAGUACCAGGACAGCGAAGACCUGUACUACCUAGCUGGGACCUACGAGCCCACCACCGGCAUGAUCUUCAACACGGAUGGUGUCCCGGUCAUUUGCUGAUCGCCCGGGAGAGGAAGCAAUUCAGGGACGUGUCUUGCCAGGCCGGAAUCCGGCCCUC